CCUCCCCCCCCCCCCCCCCCCCCCACCCUUUUGGCCGCACGGAUCGCCAAAGCCGAAUCAAAUACUACACCGCCACCAAGAGGCCAGGCCAACCACCAUCAUCCCCGACCCCAAGCGUUACCGCCGCCGGCAGCUGCGCUGGAUCCGUUUGCCUAGCAGCGCGGCUCCGGAAGGACCCAUCCAUCCAUGGUGGCGAGCAUUGCCGGGGCGGCGGCGUCGUCGUCGUCCGCGCACGCGCACGCGCCGGCAGGCCGGCGAGCCAAGAGGGAGCCGGUCAACAUGCAGGCCGGCAUCCGGCGGUCGCGCUCCGAGCCGCACCUCCGCUGCUCCCGCCGCGGCGGAGCCGCGGGCGCAUCGCUCACCACCAGCCGCUCCAUCGGCGUCUUCCCCUUCCAGUUCGGCGCCGCGCCGCUGCGCCCGCCGCCGCUCCCCGACGGCGACGGCUACCGGCUCCUCACCGUGUGCGCCGGCGAGACCGACCCAGACCCUGACCCUGACCCGGAAAUGCCGCAGGUCAGGACGCCCGAGGACCACUGGCUGGACCGGCUCCUGGAGCUGCGCUCCCGCUUCCACGACCCGACCAAGCGCUUCUUCUCCGACGCGGACAACCUCUUCGAGGAGGAGGACGACGACGACUACCACGAGGACGGCGGCUGCGGCGUGAACUACGACGAGGACCACGCCGCGGCGGAGGCCGAUGACAAGUGGGACCGCGACUCCUUCGUCAAGCUGCUGGCGCGGGCCCCCCCGGGCGAUGCCCGGCUGUUCGCGCAGCUGGCCUUCCUCUGCAACAUGGCCUACGUCAUCCCGGAGAUCAAGACUGCUGAGCUGAGGAAACACUACGGACUGGAGCUGGUGACGUCGUCGGUGCACAAGAAGGCGGAGGCCAGCGCCGUGAGCGCUCGGGUGGACGUCCACUCCACCCGGCCGGCGGGCGACGCGCAGCAGUACGAGGUGGCUGCGGAGCCGCAGCCGCGGCGGCCGGUCCGCCGCUCCAACCACCUGGCCUACGAGGUGGCCGCGUCGGCCGCGUCCUACGUCCAAGCGCGGGCCCGCGGCCUGCUCUCACUCCGCGGGCAUCAGCACCCGCCGGCUGGGGAAGAAGACCGGCUGUACAACUCGGGCAUGGCGGCCUACGUUGCCGCCUCCACGGUGACGGCGGUGGUGGCCGCCGAGGACGAGGCGCGGCAAGAGGCCGCGCGUGACCUGCGGUCGCCGCUGUCGUCGCCGUGCCAGUGGUUCGCCUGCGACGAGGCCGACAUGCGCACCCGCUGCUUCGUCAUCCAGGGCUCCGACUCGGUCGCGUCCUGGCAAGCCAACCUCCUCUUCGAGCCCACCACAUUCGAGGACACCGGCGUUCUCGUGCACCGCGGCAUCUACGAGGCAGCCAAGGGCAUCUACGAACAGCUGAUGCCGGAGAUCGUCGAGCACCUGAGGGCGCACAAGGAAGGCGCGCGCCUGCGGUUCACGGGGCACUCGCUCGGCGGCAGUCUUGCGCUGCUUGUGAGUCUGAUGCUGGUGGCGCGCGGGGUGGUCGGCCCGGAGUCGCUGCUCCCCGUGGUCACCUUCGGCGCGCCGUCGGUGUUCUGCGGCGGACAGCGCGUGCUGGAGGCGCUCGGCGUCGGCGAGGGCCACGUCCGCGCCGUGGCGAUGCACCGGGACAUCGUACCGAGGGCGUUCUCGUGCCGGUACCCCGGCCACGCCGUGGCCGUGCUCAAGCGGCUCAACGGCGCGCUGCGCACGCACCCAUGCCUCAACAGCCAGAAGGUGCUGUACACGCCGAUGGGCACGACGUACAUCCUGCAGCCGGACGGCAAGGCGUCGCCGCACCACCCGUUCCUGCCGGAGGGCGCGGCGCUGUUCCGGGUGGUCAACCCAGAGCAGCGCGCAGAGCCGUCGGGGUCGGGCAGGGCAGUGGUGGCCAGCGCCCUGCGCGCAUUCCUCAACUCGCCGCACCCGCUGGAGACACUGAGCGACCUCUCCGCCUACGGCUCCGAGGGUGCCAUCCUACGGGACCACGAGUCUGGCAACUACUUCCGGGCGCUCUACGCCCUCACAAAGGUGGCGCCGCGCCGCCGGAAGCAGCCAGAGAUUGUGUGGAGGCUUCCCGGCGUCGAGCGGCUGCAGCAGUACUGGUGGCCGGGGGUCGCCGGCACCGUCGUACCGAGGCCGGUGGCCGUCCGCAGCAAGGAGCUGGUCUCCGAGGCCUGAUGAACAGCUGCGGCUCAGGCAGGUCUACAUACAUUCUUUGGGUUCUUUGAUGCGUUUGACCAAAUGCAUCAAUGGUACGUACAUACGAGGGUACAGAAAAUCAGUCGACUUCCUUGGUGUAGGUUUAGUGUAAGCAUAUGCGUAUAGUAGGAGCAUUGAUGUGGUUUGUUGUCCUGGUGGCCUGCAAAGUUGUGCAGGCCACUGAAUAAUGCAAUGGUGAUUUGUCAAAGGAUCAUGUGAUUGUGAUCCAAUGAACUCCGCCUGUAAAUUCGUUGUUUUAAAGGAAAAAAAAAACAAUGUUGUUUUAAA